AUGAGUGACAACCGCAAGAAAUUGGCCUUAGCCAUCAUCGACUUCUUGAAAACAAGUAUCGCUGACAAAGUGAUCUCCGAGGAGAAUGUCGAGUCCAUCGAUGUCGCCGUGGAAUGUAUCGCCGACGCUUUUGAAGUUGACAAGGACCAGUCCGGAGGUGCCUCUGCAGCUUUUGGCGGCAAGUCUUUGCUCGAAAUUGCCGAUGCUGCUGUUUCGACUGAGUCUACUAGCGAGACCAAGCAGGAAAUUAGCGCCCAAGACAAGGCCAAGGCCGAGUCAUUGAAGGCUGAAGGUAACAAGGCCAUUGGCGCCAGAGACUUUGACACCGCUGUGGCCAAGUAUACCGAGGCCAUUGCUUUGGACCCAUAUAACGUUGUAUACUACUCAAACAGAGCUGCUGCUUACACUUCUGCAAACCAGCUCGAGAAGGCCGUUGAGGAUGCGGAGAAGGCCAUCGAAUUGGAUCCAACUUUCACCAAGGCCUACUCGAGAUUGGGCUUGGCCCAGUACAACUUGGGCAACAGCGUUGCAGCCAUGAAGGCAUACGAGAAGGGUAUGAACGCCGAGGGUGCUUCUCCAACCGAUGCCAUGAAGUCUGGCUACGAGACUGCUAAGAAGAGAGCCGAGGCAGAGUUGGGAAGCUCUGUGGACUCUGAGGCCGCAAACACCCGUGACGUUGGCGAGAGUGCCAGCACUGGUAACACGGGCGCAGGAGCUGGUGGCUUGCCUGACUUCUCGUCGAUGUUUGGUGGAGGAGGCAUGCCAUCAUUGGCAGAUAUGAUGAACAACCCACAGGUGAUGCAGGCAGCUCAAAACUUGAUGUCGAACCCAGGCGCCUUGCAAGGUUUGAUGAACAACCCAGACAUUGCACGUAUGGCGCAAAACAUGGGCGGUGAAGGUGGUUUGGAAGGGUUGAUGAACAACCCAAUGCUCCGCAACAUGGCACAACAGUUUAUGGGUGGUGCCGGAGCAGGAGCAGGAGCCAGUGGCAACAGUGGAUCUGACAGCCAGCAGUAA